ACAUUCUAAUUGAUAUUACCUGUUGCUUAAAGUAAAGUAUAAAGAUGUCACAUUUUAGUUCGGAAAAAAGACAAAUUUGGAAAAACUUAUGUGUUUGAGAUUACAUAGAACGACGCCAUCUUGCAAAUUUGAAAAUAUUUUUUCAAAAUUUCCGUAUUAUGGCAGGAUAAAGCACUUUGUUACAACUAUACUCUCUGACAAUGGACCCUGAAUAUGAGAGGCGGCUCUUAAGACAGAAAAAUGGUCAGAUAUCACCUUACAAGCAGCAACUAGAUAGGACAUUAUCUCCAUAUUCCUCUCCUGUCCAAAGAAGUCCAGUGAAUUCCCCACAGAAAGACAAGUAUGGAGACAGGUUCAUACCAAGUCGAGCUGGGGCAAAGUGGGCCAUAGACUUUGGAAGCCCUAAUGGUGUUUCUCCAGAGAGCCAGCAGAAUAGAAAAGCCAGAGAUGCUACAACAGAUAGCAAUAAAGAUGGUGUUGCAUACAACAGUUUGCUGAAGAAUGAACUGCUUAAUGCAGGCAUAGAAGAUCUAAAGGCCCAAUCUCCAGAUGACAGGCGUAUCUUGGUACCAAGUGAGAGCAAGAAUCUAUUUAAGUACAAAGUGAAGCGACGUCUCUCUGACAGUAGUGACCUCUCACCCUAUUCUCUAUCGCCAGUCAGCAACAAAAGCCAAAAACUUCUCAGAUCACCAAGAAAGGCAAUACGGAAAAUCUCAAAGAUUCCGUUCAAAGUGUUAGAUGCCCCAGAGCUUCAGGAUGAUUUCUACUUGAACCUGGUGGAUUGGUCCUCUCAGAAUGUCCUCAGUGUUGGACUUGGGACCUGUGUCUAUCUAUGGAGUGCAUGUACUAGUCAGGACAUUUCUCCAAAACUGAUGUACAAAAAAGCACCCUGCCCAAAGGUGACAAGAUUGUGUGACUUGUCCUGUGACGGAGAUUCUGUCACCUCAGUGUCAUGGAAUGAAAGGGGUAAUUAUGUCGCUGUUGGAACACACAAGGGCUUUGUGCAAAUAUGGGAUGCUGCAGCUAGCAAGAAAAUAUCAACACUUGAGGGGCAUUCUGCAAGAGUUGGUGCUCUGGCAUGGAAUGCUGACAUGUUGUCAUCUGGCAGUAGAGAUAGACUCAUUCUCCAAAGAGAUAUCAAGACACCAUCUUCCAUGCCUGAGAGAAGGCUCCAGGGACAUAGACAGGAGGUGUGUGGGUUAAAAUGGUCACCUGAUCACCAACAUUUAGCCUCAGGAGGCAAUGAUAACAAACUAUUUGUGUGGAAUAUGAACAGUUGCCAACCUAUCCAGACAUAUACUGAACAUUUAGCUGCUGUGAAGGCUAUAGCCUGGUCACCCCACCAGCAUGGUCUACUGGCCAGUGGGGGAGGUACGGCUGAUAGAUACAUGAGGUUUUGGAAUACUCUAACUGGGCAGCCAUUACAGUGUAUAGACACUGGAUCACAAGUGUGUAAUCUAGCCUGGUCAAAACAUGCCAAUGAACUGGUGAGCACACAUGGUUACUCACAGAAUCAAAUCCUGGUAUGGAAGUACCCAUCUCUAGUACAAAUCGCCAAACUGACAGGUCACUCAUACAGAGUACUGUACCUGGCCACAUCGCCAGAUGGAGAAGCAAUAGUGACAGGUGCAGGUGAUGAGACACUUCGAUUUUGGAACGUUUUUAGUAAAACUAGAUCAACUAAGGAAUCAAAGUCAGUUCUAAACAUGUUCACAAGUAUACGAUAAAAAAUUUUGAGAUGGAUAAGGAGUAAUAAUCAGUGAUAUUUGGAUGAUAUUUACCAUUAAUGGAUGGACAUAUGGUUGGAGCAAUCAUGGAAAGAUAUUUCUGUUGAGAUCAAUGAUAACUAAUUUUAAACAAUUAUGGAAAGAAUGAUUAGGCGAAGAUGUUGCAAAUGGUAUGCACAUAAACAACUUUAAUUUCAUUCAUUCAUUAAUUAAACAUUCUUGAAAUGCAAACAUUGAAAGACAAUCAUACAGGAGUCGAUUUCUCAAAGAUAUGUUAGUUUUACUGAUAUUUGAGAUUAGAAUAUGUAGGGCUUGAAUUAUGAAUUUUCAGCAGGUAAUUAAUUUCCGUACAAAAAUCACCUUUUGGGAAUUGAGCAACUGGUUCUAUGUUUUAGACCCAGUUAUUUUGUUUUUUGCUUUCAUUCAUUUUGACUGUUGUUAUAUGUCAGUUGAAUCCUUGAUCAUGCUAGAAUAUCCAAUUGCAGACCUGACAUACAUUUAAUCUAUUUGUAUUCAUUGUAUAGCUGGUGGUUAUACUUAAAAAUGUAACAUCCUAUACUUAUUCAGUUCUUAUUGUAUAAUCGUUAUACUAGCAAAUUAUUGAAAUUAAUAUGUUAUAUCAUAUGUGUGUGUUUUCCCAGUUUUUGAACAGAUUGCAUGAAAAUGUUCAAAUUCAAUUUUUUGGCUCAAGUAUUUUCAGUUUUCUAUAAAUAUUUUGCAGUCCCUGACAUCAAAACCUAAUGUAUUAUACAGUUACUAAGCAUUGGAUUUUAGUACAUUCUACAUUGUUCACAGACUCGGCCAAACAUUUUAGUUUCAGUAUUUGUUCAGAAUUGAUCUUCAAGUUUUAGUAGUUGGUUUACAGCAAAUCAUCUAGUGUGGGAUUUAUCUUGUAAUAGGGUUCAGUUUAAACAUCAAUAUCAAAUUCCUUAAUUCAUUUCUAUAUUUGUGUGUAUUUCUGUUUAUAAGUAUACCUACUUUCAAAACCUACUGAGGUUCUAGGUACAUAACUU